ACCAACGUAUCUUAAAAAAAUCGAAGAUAAAGGUGGCGUUAUUGAUUAAUUUAGGGGAAUAUUCCAUUGACAUUCUAUUUUGGUGCAUGCAGAUAGUAGAUAGAAUCGAUGAACAUGUUGUGACCUACCGGCAUAUGUUCCUUUCAAUCGUUCAGUCGUUCUGUGGUUUGAAAAUUAUGCAAAAUCGCCUGCCAUGAUCUGGCGCCGCGCGCACCUCGUGCAUGUAUGCUGUUUCCAGGCAUUGCACGUGUCAGUCUCACGAUCAUUUAUUUUCGAUCUAUACACAUGUAUAAAUAGUCUUGCAGGCUAUCUCGAUCCUUAUGCAAUAAAAAAACAUUGGAUUUCCCUGGUGAUUUAAAUAAAAUGGCUCACGGAUAAAGAACUCGUUAUUCAAGUUAGUAUAUGCGAACGAAAUUUUCGUUGCUUGCUCAGUGAUAAACAAGCAUUCUUUUGUCAGUAUUCCAGAUUCACGAAUGAAGAAUGUUUAUCAUUGAAGGAUGUCAGCGAUUAAUAUGUAUCACAAGAUUAUUAAAAUCCUGCAGUCACAACCUGAAAUCAUGCAGAAAAGAUGACAUUUAUUUGUAUAAAAAAAUCCAUAUUACUGCAGUUAAUAUUCUUAAUCAUGAGAAUUACGAAUCGAAAACCUUCAAGACAAAUGAUAGUUAUAAAGAUAUAUUGCUAGUCUAUUGUAAAAAGAAAAAUGACUUGCCAAAAUUAUUUAUUCAUACAAAUAGACAGUACAGUAUUGCAACUAAUAUUGUUGAAAAAGCUCCAAGUAAAUUCCAGCCUUAUAUGAGGCUUAUGCGGAUAGACAAACCAAUUGGUUCAUGGUUACUGUUUUGGCCUUGUGGAUGGAGUAUAGCAAUGGCAGCUCCAGGUGGUGCAUUUCCAGAUCUUGGCAUGCUUGCUCUUUUUGGAGUAGGUGCUUUUAUUAUGAGAGGAGCUGGUUGCACAAUAAAUGACAUGUGGGAUAUAGAUAUUGAUAGAAAGGUUAUUAGAACAAAAGACAGACCUCUUGUAACAGGAAUAGUUACCCCAUUUCAAGCUUUAGUAUUUCUUGGUGGUCAACUAAGCUUAGGUCUUCUUGUUCUUCUUCAAUUAAAUUGGUAUAGUAUUUUCCUAGGAGCAAGUUCAUUAGGAUUAGUGAUAAUUUAUCCACUCAUGAAAAGAAUAACAUAUUGGCCUCAGUUGAUUUUAGGAAUGACUUUUAAUUGGGGAGCUUUGUUAGGUUGGUCUGCAAUUCAGGGAUCAUUGGAUUGGUCAAUUUGUUUACCAUUGUAUACAGCUGGUAUUUGUUGGACUAUUUUGUAUGAUACAAUUUAUGCGCACCAAGAUAAACUUGAUGACAUUCUAUUAAAUAUAAAAUCAACAGCGCUCAAAUUUGGAGAUAAAACCAAGCUUUAUCUCACAGGUUUUGGCACAAUUAUGAUUACAAAUUUAUUUAUAUCAGGCUAUUAUGCAGAUCAAACUUUGCCAUAUUAUGGAGCUGUAGGAUUAGUUGGUAGUCAUUUAUUGUAUCAGUUAUGCACAUUAGACAUAAAUGAUCCAUCCAAUUGUGCUAAAAAAUUUAUCUCUAAUCAUAAAGUAGGAAUGAUAUUGUUUGCUGGAAUCGUAUUAGGUAAUUUACUGAAAAACGCCAAAAACAAUAAGACAGUGGAAACUGAUAAAACAAAAACACUUGAAAGUAGAAUUUUAGCAAAAGUGGCUGUUCCUCUUUGA